GCAGCAAGAGCUCAACCGCUCGAGGAAGAUGGAAGGGAGAGAAGCGAUGAAGGAGAAGAAGAACAGCCCAGAAGUCUUUGCCUCUUGCUCUUUCUCUAGUCUCGGCCUUCACCCUACCUUAUGCGACCAGCUCAAAGAGAGGAUGGGCUUUGAAGUUCCCACCCACGUUCAGGCUCAGGCAAUUCCUGUUAUUCUCUCUGGGCGACACGUGCUUGUUAAUGCGGCUACGGGCACUGGAAAAACUGUAACAUAUCUUGCUCCAAUCAUUCAUCACAUGCAGAAGUAUGAUCCUCGUAUUCAGCGGUCUGAUGGUACUCUUGCGUUGGUUCUUGUACCAACGCAUGAGUUAUGCAUGCAGGUAUAUGGUAUCUUGCAAAAGUUGUUGCAUCGCUUUCAUUGGAUUGUCCCGGGCUAUAUUAUGGGUGGUGAAAAUAGAUCAAAAGAGAAGGCCCGAUUGCGCAAAGGUAUAUCCAUUCUUGUUGCAACUCCUGGACGGCUUUUGGAUCAUUUGCAGAAGACAUCAUCAUUCGUGCGCACAAAAUUGCGCUGGAUUAUAUUUGAUGAAGCAGAUAGGAUUCUGGAAUUGGGAUAUGGAAAAGCGAUAAAAGAAAUACUUGAUAUCUUGGGAUCAAGGCAAAAUAUGUCUGUUAAGAAGGAGGGAAACAAGAUUUCAAGGACACCUGAAGCUCAGAUGCAGAAUUUGUUGUUGUCAGCUACCUUAAAUGAAAAAGUGAAUCAUCUUGCUCAAAUUAGUUUAGAAAAUCCAGUUAUGAUUGGUCUGGAUAAGGAGAAGAUGCUAACGAAGCCAUCUUAUGAGCAUACAGGAUCUCUAGGAUCUGAAAGGAUUGUUGAGUUAGAACAUUCAGGGAAUGUAUUAAGCUCAUCAAAUGAUGAAUAUAAACUGCCACCGCAAUUAGUUCAGAGAUAUGUGAAAGUGCCUUGUGGUUCACGGCUUGUGGGACUACUUUCUAUUCUAAAGAAUCUUUUUGAGAGAGAAGCUUCUCAAAAGGUUGUGGCAUUCUUUUCAACGUGUGAUGCUGUAGAUUUCCAUUAUUCACUUUUAAGCGAAUUUCAAUGGUCUCCUACUUCACAAUCAGAAGCUGAACUCAGACAGCUGUUUAUUCAAUACAAAAUUUAUCGGUUGCAUGGGAACAUGAAGCAUGAGGACCGGAGAACCACAUUUCAUGCAUUUACAACAGAGAAAUCAGCUUUGCUCUUGUCCACAGAUGUUGCUGCUAGAGGCUUGGAUUUCCCGAAAGUUAGAUGUAUUAUACAAUAUGAUUCUCCUGGGGAGGCCACUGAAUAUGUGCACAGGGUUGGAAGAACUGCUCGUUUGGGAGAAAAAGGAGACUCUCUGUUAUUUCUGCAACCAGUUGAAAUUGAUUAUUUGCAAGACUUGGAGAAACAUGGUGUCUCGCUAACAGAGUAUCCCUUACUUAAAUUGUUGGAUAGUUUCCCACUAUAUGGUCGCAUGCACCAUGUCAAGAAUUUAGUUUCUUUAGAGAUGCAUCCUUGGGUGCUUUCUCUGCAGAAGACACUAGAAUCUUUCAUCUCGACAGAGCCAAGGAUGAAGAAGUUGGCCAAGAAUGCAUUUUGCUCUUGGGUACGUGCAUACACUGCUCAUCGCGGGGAACUGAAAAGGAUUUUUAUGGUGAAGAAACUUCACUUGGGGCAUGUGGCAAAAAGUUUUGCAUUGAAAGAGCAACCUUCUUUGGUUGGAAAGUCGGUCCAUAAGCAAACAAACAAAAGGAUGCAAAAUCAAAAACAGAAGGGAUUAGCUAAGAAGAGGAAGGUUUCAAGUAUAUCAUGAAUGCUGAACAGUUAUCACCAUGUCAAAUUGACAAGUUGAAUGCAUCGCAGACAUUGAAGGGGUUCAGUCUGGAAUCAUCUUGGACAGUCCCAACUCUGUAUAUGUUUGAGCGAUCUACUGGAGGUAACAGAUGAAAGGUAAAGCACAAUAACUUUGUGUGAUUAUGCCAUUUGAGUUGUGCGCCAAAUAUGUCUUUUAUGACACUAAAUUUUGGUAGUUCGAAUUUUGGCCAUGAGAUACUGAUAUUGUAAUUUUGAGUGUGUACCACAGGAUUUCCAGUUAUCUUGUUGCUAUAUUAAUUUUUUGGAGUUUCAUAUUGAAAUGAUGUGGGGGUAAAAUCUGUUAAUCGUUUAGAAUAAUUGUAAAUUAAUAUUCAGUUCUUGAUAUUUUUGGCUUGUGAAGUUACGAGGCUUGAAAGCGAGCUCCU